GGUGAGCAAAAGUUAACGUCGAGCAGACGGCAGUCCAUUGUGUGGGAUUCCCUUAGAAUCAAAUGGAUGACCAGCAGGUGGCAACCGAGGACCUCAGCACGGCGAACAAUGUUGAGCAUUUGGAAUUUCUGCAGUUUCUCAAGACCCUCGACGAUGUGCCCAACGAGAUUGGCAACGUGAGCAACGACGAUGACAAUUUCUCUGAGCUGAAAACGGAAACGGAGACGGAGAUGGAGAUGGAGACAGAGUUGGAGGCGGAGCCAGUUGCUCCAGAACCUAAUCAUAAUGAGCAAUUUAUGGAUCCGGAGCUGACCAUUCCUCACAUUACCAUCAGCAUGCCAGAAGGUCAAUUCAUGGGUAGCGCCUUGGAUUCCGAUCAGGUGAUUCCACAGAUCAACAUUAGCUUCAGCAACCUGCCACCAGCUCCGCCAGAGCGUUCCAAGUCGGAGCUGCAGCAGGAGCAGCUGUCGCUGAGGAAGCAUUCCUUUGUCCACAAGCUGUACCUGGCGGCCAGCAGUCAGCGGGUGACAUUUCUCCACUGGUCAGCGGAUGGGGAACAGCUGCAGCUGGAUUACAUUGGACUGCAGGAGCAUCUGACUGGGGGUCAGAGUAUGUUUCGCAGUUGCAACGUGCAACAGUUCACGCGCCACAUCCUCGACAUUGGAUUCGAGCGUGUGACGCAGCCUGCGGAUCUGCUCGAGGAGCGUCCUCAGUUGUCCUAUCAGCACAGCUACUUUAAGUCCGAUCAGCCGGAGCUUCUGCUCCAGCUGCCCACUCCGGAGUCUGAAGUGUCACAGGCAUUCCCAAAGCCAACAAUCAAUUCCCUUUUGUCGAGAAAAUCCCUUGUCCUGGAUUCAGAGUCCAAGUCCCUGAAUCUCCAGUCGCCCUUGCAGAUGGCCCGUUGUCGCUUCGAGGUCCUCUUGCACUACCACAACGAUGUGCGACUCCUGCAGCAACAGGAGCCCAAUGCGGAGCAGCUUCUGCCACGUCGCGGACGCAUUAGCAGCAGUCGACAGCCGGCUCAGGUGUUGACGCCUUCGCUGGCCUCGAAGCAUGUGAAUCCCAGGGAUUCUGUGCUGCAGUUUGAGACUGGUCAAGUGCCCGAAUAUGCCGGAUUCUAUGGACGAGUGGAGCCAGCCUUGAUUGCUGAGUUCUUUGCGGAAUAUCUGCCCCGUUAUGGCGCCAGGAUCAGUGGCUACAAGGACAUUGUUGUGGAUGCCAGCAAGGCGAAUUCAUUCCAGCAGAAUCUUCCCAUUGGCAUUGUGUACUCCGAGGAUGAGGAAGAUCUCGACGACCAUCAAAUUCCAGCUGCAGAUGCGAAAAACGAUGACUCCCAAUCGGUUGACAUUGCGAAUUCUCUGCCCGAAGACAUUGAACUGGAGCAGGUGAUGCAGGAGCUUUGUGGCAUUGUGCCCGAGGCGGAGGAGCACCUGGACAACAAGGAGUUGACGACGACGACAGCAACACCCAAGCCGAAGCUCAAAAGAAAAAAACUGGUAAGAAAAUGUGCAACUGCGGAUAAUGAACUGCAACCUGAAUCUCCACAAGAAGAAACUGUCGAAGAUCUAAUGGAAACAACUGCCCAAGUCGCAUCUUGUGUUAAUGAUGAACUCAAGCCCGAAAUCGAGAAGAACAACAGCAAGGACAACAGCAAUUCCAACCACAAGGAUGACGCUGACAAGGAUCUGAAAUGCCAGACAACUCCCAAGAGAGACGUCAAGAGGCGUCGUUAUGAUCUACGCAACUCCAAAUCGAAGCGAUCCAUUUGAACAAAAAGUUGGAUAACUUCGAAAUAUUUAUUAAGAAACAAAUUGAAAAUAUUGACAAAAAAAAAUA